CCCCCACCAUCCCACCAACUUGAUGCGUCCAGCUCAUCUGAUGAAUGGAUCCUUCAUCCUUUCUUGAGAGCUUCCACUACGUAAGGUAUUGCACGCACCUGCAAAUGGCACACCAUCUUCGUAGAGAAGGUGUCAGAGACACCUGUCGAUUGAGGUGACCCCUCGAUCGGGUCCCUGGAAUUCAAUACCGGACCUUGUCUUGUCUGUCUUUCACCCCAUACAAUACAACCUAACCAUACAAUUGCAUAUCAAACCCACCGUCACAGCAACGUCUGGUAAUCGUUUUGACAACGCAUCACUACAUUACCUUACCUCCUGUGCUCUCCUGUAAAGGUACAGUUACAGGACAGAACAAUGCCAGAAAUUGCCCGGCUUGAUGCACCUCUACCCGACCCGCCGCCUUGCGUUCGCUUCUCAAUUCACACCCUGUCAACCGACGCUGAGAGCCAAUCCUCGGUCAGACCGUUGCAAGGUCUAUCUUGAUCAUUACUUCUUCCUUCUGUCUCGACAGACAUGUCUGGGCUUUUUGGUUAAAACGCCGCCAGCGAGCAAGAUGCAAUUGGAGGGGGGUGUGGGCGAGAUUGGAAAUCCAAGGCUGCUUUUCCAUCAACUUCGUCUUUUGGCUUUGCUUAGCGUCAGCGCGCUUGUUUGCAACUCUCUCCGCCUCCGUCUCCAUUCUCCAUGGUCCUGCCUACUCCCCUGCAGCAAGGAACAAGAUGCAGUCCUAAUGCAUCCCAAAAUUACACUGCGGAUACAUUCAGGAAGCCUGCAUUCUCCAGUAUCCGCUCCUCCGCGCAGACAUCUUGCUAUUCCUUGCCCAGAGCGCUUGAGCUGGAUUUGAAGAUGGAAUGCCAAAGGUCUAACCAGCGGUUGGUGAUCCCUCACGAAUAUCCAUUUACACGGUGAGGCAACCAAUGUCUUUUUUCUUCAGACACCCACCACCAAUGUUACCCGCUACUCCAAACGGUACCGGAACCCGGCCGAUUGAGAUGUACUCUUUAUGGUACAGAUAUGCCUUUGUGAGGGUGUGGGCAUUGGUGUCUACUUUACUUACCUAGGUCCAUCUAGCCAACUCUCCAACCAGUCAGCGUUGAUUAGGUCGUUCGUUGCGCUGUCCGUUUGGUCCUUUCUUACCUGCGAUCCAUUUACCUGCUUUCUGUCCGCAACUAGCUAUCACCAAAAAAGCAGCAUGCCAGCCUAGUUUACAUUGGCUAUGUCCCUCACGUCACUCGACCAAGAGCCCAAUCCAAGCCUGGCCUCGACUUGCCUCCUCCGCUUCUCAACGACCAAGCGUGUGACGCUCAGACGACUAACACCGUCGGUCUCCAAUCGCUCCAGACAAGCAAAUAUCGGUGGGAAAACUUUUGCCCCCAAGACAAAUUAUACACAUGGCCCUUAUCCCUUCUCAACGUUUGGGCCCAAGGGCUAGUGCAGCCACUUGUGUCCGUUGAUGGACCCGGAUAUGCAUGGCAUCUUACCAGCAUCUUACUUUCUUUUGCCCUUCUCCUGCUGUACCAUACGGUCUGGCUCGGUCCCUUCCAAGCCGGGUCUUCUCUCGGUCUCCGCUCUGGCACACAGACGCAUUUUUUCUCUUUUUGUUAAUUGCCCACUGGCACAUGGUAUCGUCAUGUUCUGCCCGGCGCCAUCUUUGACACAUAUCCAUUGCCCUGUCAAGCACUUCUCCCCAGUCUUUCCCCUAAACUUGCCCGGUAAAUAUCGAUUUGGAUCCAAGACGGUCUCCAUUUUUUUACUCUCUUAAUUGUUACAUCUGACAUCUAAGAUUGCAGUCCUCACUCUCGGCAUAUGCACAUGUCCAUGCUCAUCCUAGGCUGGUCUUGUUACACCCAGCCAACGGCGUAGCUCAAAGGCGUUUACAAUUUCAACGGCACUGCAUUUGUCAAAGCAGUGUCCUUCGAAGUAUCUUAAAGCCACGCUUUUCUUUAGGUUGCGUCUUAUUCAAAGAUUGGUCUUUCUCUAUCUUCACCCUCCCCCAAAAGCCCUAUCUUGAGCAUGUUCCGUUACUCUUCUCUUUCGUUGGCUCGGAUGUCAAACGGCAGUACAUCUCGGAUAGUUCUCUGACAUUUCAUUACCUUUCCAAGGCUCUUUGCCGCUUCUAGCCUCCCUAGUCGCCCUCCUAGUAGUCCUAGUUUUGAAGUUUUGUUACCUUGUCAUAUCGUUGCCGUCCGUGAUGGCCCACACAUGUGCAUCUCGUCGUGAUCGUCUCGUCUAGCCUCUCAUCACCCUCAGGACCAUGCCAUCAUCCUGUCAUAUCCUAUGGCACGCCCUCAUGGGCGGGGUUAAUCGUCAUUCAUUGACGAAUAGUGUCAAGAUGAGUUAUCCUGAAGUUCUUCCGGUUUGGCCGAUCAAGGUUUCUGAAGAAGUAUAAAAAGGCCAGAGUUGAUGCUGUUGAGGCUUUCUUCUUCUUCUUCCUUUCUCAUCACUCUUCAACCAGCUCCUGACUUGAAGUCCCAAAUUGCCCAGCACUUAUACAUAGUCUCCUUGGCUUGUUGUCUUGAUACACGACUCUCAUACUUCAACUGAUCUUCACUUGUCCUCAGCCUACUCAACCUUGAACCAUCACUCGGAUCACUUGUCGAAGUAUUCAAUUGGCAUACACACAUCUUCUUCUCUGUCAAAUAAUCACCAUGUCUUCUCAUUACACUCCUGUGGGCUACUCCAUGCCUCUUCCCGUUCCCUCCAAGGGCUCCCAAUACCCCACCUACAGCCAGUAUUCCGUCUCGCCUCCGGAAUGUGAUGACUCGGUUAGCUCCGCCUCAGGCAUCCCCUCCUACAGCAAUGGUGGAUACUCGGCUACCUCGUCCGGGUACCAAUAUUCUGGCGGAUACGGCGAAUAUGAAAGCACUCGCUCUGCUAGCGGCGUUGACUUCCAGGAGUACAUGCAAGACCGCUUUGCCAACUCUUUUGACCCAAUCCCCCUUGACCGUAGUAUGGCCAUGCAAGCUCAGACAUCUGGUAAAAUGAAUGCCAAGCACCGCGAGCUUAUGGAGCUUCAGAAGAAGGCGCAGGCUCGUCUUGCGAAGACUCGUGAGCGCUUCCAGGAGGGUAUGCGAGAUGCCCAUGAGGUGCGCAGCGAUCUUGAGUGGACACAAAAGAAAGUUGGGUAAGUCGAACAAACUUCGCGACUCUUUUGCACCGUAUGGCAAACGCAACUGCAGUUUGUUACGCGAGGCAAGAUCAAAUCGCAGAGUUAAAGUGAAGCGAAUUGAGACUAACCCACCAUCAUAGCUCGCUGAAGACCAAAGCUUCGCGCAAGCAUGGCAAGGAGUACAGCAAGGCCCGCGCCCGUUUUCCAUCCCCUGAGAACUGAUUGUUUCCUGGGAACUUUCUUUGGAGCGGCAUUUUGAACUUUUACGACCAAAAACUUUACUUAGCGAGCAACUUUCGGCCAUACGAUUCACCAAAAUUUCCUACUUGCGCACAUAGUUUCACUGCAAAAUGCAGGAACACACGAUAAUCAGAUCCCCAGAAUUUCAAGGUUAAUUGUUUUUGUAUUUAGUGAGUAUUUCACGCUUGUCAUGCCACCCUCAAUCCCGACCUGCAUGAACUACUCGUUCAUGCAAGGGGAGCGUGAGGUGACGUUGAAAUCAGGGUCACUAAGCGCGGCAAUUGAGCCGCCUGGCGCGCGGUGUCUUGCUGCUUUUAAGCAGAGCGACAAGGCAGGCGUGUGGGCAGUUCUUAGCCAGGGACGCCAGCCUCGUGGCUUCUGGGGCAGGUGUGGGGGAAAACACGCGGAGAGGGCGAAGAUGGGCGGCUUUUUCACGACUUAUGGCUUAUGAUUGGAUGAACUGAACGAUCUAGGGGCGGUUGUUAAAAGUACACCUCCUCCCCAGCUCCUGUGGGGUGCCAGGGGAUAGCGUCAGCGGGUUUGCAGCAAGACAUGAUGUGUCGGAACCGAUUGCUGCAUGGGAGACGUGCUUGGAAACCUCUCUGGGUAUGGGUGACGCGGGAGCAGCCGAGGGCUGCAAGGUCGUCCUGCUCGUGGCAUUUACCGAGGGGGUGUACUGAGUGAGAAACCCUGGAAAGCACUGGAGCAAGAAGAUGACAGGAUGGAGAAAAGUAGCGGACUCGCAAAGCAGUAUAUUUAAGACGCUUGCCCCAAUCAGGGGAGGCAGCGACGAUGAUAUCGCUCCAUUGGGUAACGCGGCGAGCCUGGAGAGCGGAUGGGACCAUCUUGGGAGGAGCCAGGAUCUGUAAGAAGGUUUUCUUUGUGGAUAUCUCGACUGGAGUAUGGAGUCUCAUAGCAAGCAAUAUCUCGUUUCUCUUCGUUGACUGAAGGCAUAGCCCUGGGACCAAUUGAUGUGAUAACCCCCCCGUAGAUGUGAUUGACCUGCUCCCCACGCCCCUCCAGACCAUGGAUGAGCCAGUCUGAGUAAGGACAAGCAUGUGAUAUGAGGCAUAUUGGCGUAGUGAGUUGAAGUCCCGUCGUAAUGGUACUCGGAGGUUGUUAGACCCCUGUUCAUAUAUCACAUGAUGUACCACGUGACACGAUAUUUGAUAUCAAAAUCUGCCUCUGGUUGAAUGUGAGCCACGGCCUCGCAGUACGGCGUCAAGCGCUUCCCGAGGUAGUCCAUGCUAAUGAGGUUUGCAUCUUGACAACGUUCAGUUCGUAUAAUCCAUGUGCAUUAGCAGUUGUCCGUCGAUGUCGAUGCUUCAAGCAGGAGCAUCACCUGUCGUCGCAGCGUUCCCAGCAUUUCGAGUGAUCCACGUUCCUCUUGUCGUCAAGCCCCGGGCCUUCUCGAUCUUUUCCCAGGGGUUCUCGUUAGACAGGCGGUCGUAGUAACCAGUGAACUUGUUACCCCUGGCCCCAUGUGCGCCUGAGUGCUGGCCUUGAGGCGUGGCUUGCGCCGGAGCAGGUCUCUGGGGUAGGCUAGCCGGGCGCGCUUGCGCUGGCACUUUCUGUUCUGGGUUGGCAUUUCCUUCGUUGUCGUCGUCCAGCGAAAUCUCAUCCUUGUUUGAGCCGGUUCCCAAAGCCGUGGAGUUUGCGCCGGUUGCCGAUGACUUGGACGGCAGUAGAGCAUCUGCAUUUGGAUUGUAGCGACGGCGCUUGGAAGGUGGUGAUGCAGCGCCGAAGGAUGAGAAGCCCAUCUGAGCCAUGAGGUCGUCAUCAGAUACUUCCACGUCGUUUUCUGUGGCGUCCAUCUUGAAAGCGUGAAAAGGAACGUGUUUGAGUGUGAUUCACUUGAAUAGUAAGGCAGACAGCAGGAAGCGUCCCCUUGAGUGAGUGAAAUGAGGAGAUUAAUGAGUCAAGUGAGUCAAGUGAGACGGUGG